AUGGACACGCAGAAAGAUGACUACAAGUCACACGCUUUCGCAGAAGAAGCAGGUGUCGUCGUAGGAGACUCCAUCCCCAUCGACGCCGCAGCGGAGCGGUCGGUCGUGCGCAAGCUGGACUUCCGGCUGCUUCCGGUCCUCUCGCUCAUGUACUUCUUCAACUCCCUCGACCGCUCCAACCUGGGCAAUGCCAAAACAGAUGGCCUCGAGAACGACCUCCACCUGGUCGGAAAUCAGUAUAAUGUCAUAUUGGCGGUCUUCAACGUUACGUUCUGCUUGUUCGACCUGCCGUCCAAUUUGAUGUUGAAGAAAUUUAGCGGAAAGGUGAUGCUGCCGACAAUGAUGAUAGGAUGGGGUUCCAUCACACUGCUGCAAUGCGCUGUCUUCAACUUUGCAGGCCUGUUAGUCUGCCGUUUGAUCAUGGGGAUCUUCGAAGCAGGGUUCUUUGCUGGAGUGAUCUUCUACCUCACACAGUUCUAUAAACGCAACGAGAUCGCCUUCCGACUGAGCAUCUUCUACGGCAUGGUCACUAUCGCUGGUGCCUUCUCUGGCCUCAUCUCGUUCGGUGUCUUUCAAAUCAAGCACCACCUCCCAGGCUGGAAGUACCUCUUCCUCAUUGAAGGUGGCGCCACCCUAAUCAUCGCAUCCUUUUCGCUUUGGUGGCUCCCUGCCAGCGGCGCGCAGUGCCACUGGUUCAACGAAGCUGAAGCUCGCGCGGCCCAAAUGCGCCUGCUGCAAGACGGGUCAGUGCGAACGGGCGAGAAGCUCUCGAUCACCGAAGCCUUGGCGGCGCUGAGUGACUGGCGUGUGCUAGCAUGGGCUAUCAGCUGCUUCUGCUACGGCGUCGCCCAGACCUCCGUUAGCAAUUUCCUACCGCAGAUGGUGGCUCUCUUGGGGUAUUCCACCAUCAAGACGAAUCUCUACACGGUGGCGCCGUACUGUGUCGGCACGGUCGUGCUAUGGAUUAUCUGCAAGUCAUCAGAUCACUUCCGGGAACGUUCCAUGCACUUGGCAGGCUCGCUGAUGAUCACCUUUGUCGGGUACAUCAUCUUGAUCGCGGUGGACGCGUCAGAGCACCAGGGUGUCGCCUACUUUGCGUGCUUUCUAUUGGCAGCCGGAGCUUUUGUGCCUAGCUCUGUCUUCCAUAGUUGGCACACGAACAAUGUAACUGACGAGUCGCAGCGUGCCGCGACUGUCGGAUUCCUGGUGGGCGCGGCCAACUGUGCCGGCAUCCCGUCCAGUCUGGCAUUCAAGGCAGACACAGCCCCGCGAUAUAAGCCAGCGCUAAUCGUAAACUGCGCAUUUCUCCUGUUCGGAGUGCUGGUGAUCCUGGCGUUGGGGACGUAUUUCCGCUACGAUAACCGGCGCCGCGAUCGCGAGCAAGGAGUGAGGCUCACCGCGGCGGACGUGUCGACCAAGUCGCUGGUGGGCGGAUGGAAGGAUCCAAAUUGGCGAUGGACCGCAUGAGGUCAGAUAUUGCAGUUAGUUUGGCCUUGUCAUACGGCGAUAUGUAACCAUGGGUGUGCCCGUAAUGGGAGAACAAGGAUUGUUGACGUCGGCGUAGUAAAACCAAUAAACUGGCUGAGACAAAGUCAUUCAGCAUUCCACUGUUUCAAGCUCAUUCCCUGACCGCGAUAAACUUUGAUAAGCAUCUAUGCUAUUCAAUCGGACAAAG